AUGUCAUUUAGUAGCGUCACUCAACCCGUGGACGAAGAUCUUGCUAGCCAGGAGCAGUCCAGUGUGGUAUACUCCCUCGAAACGGAGUCUCAUCGUCAACAGGUAGGCGGCUGGUUUCUGUCCAAAUAACUGUAAAAACAAAAAUACAUAAGCACUUGUUGGGAGAGGCCGAUUAUGAUAUGAAUAAUUAUGCAGGGAGAUAGAGGAGGGGCUUAUCUGCCAAAACGGAUUACAACCUCCUAGUUCUGCAUAAUUCUUCGUAACAUACGAAAGCCUAAUCUAAUCAUUGUUUUAAUAUUUAUUCAAAAUAUUUCCAACUUUAACCUCCAUCAGUGUAAAGUUCCCUUCUUCAUAACCUGCCUGAUCGUCGAGUGUUCCUCGGCAGUUUCAGGUUAUGAACUCGAGAUAUUUAUUCUAGCAAACAGUCUUCAAGUAGCACUUGUCAUCUGUUGCGUAAUAUUUUUGCUAUUCAUGCUAUGUGUUCAGGCAGUAGUUCGGUUAUUUCUUCUUUGUAUAUCGUGUGAAUUCUUCCGCCAUUUUCUCCAGCUCUGCCAAAACAGCCGUGCCUUUUGCAGUUCUUUUUUCUGACUAUACAUCAGUACAACGUCAGCAUACAUACACUGUUUACAGGUAACCAUUACGACACCUGAAGGAGGACAAUGAGGUUAUCCCUAUAUUAAGAUUUCUCCUUACAGAUAACCCACCCACCCCAGGAGAGGUUAGCCACACCACUGGUCUAAGUCCCCUGUUCUUUUCGAACCGUGGUGUGGGUUCUCACGCUCUCACGUCCCACAAGAACCAGCUAAGCCAAUAGAGCCCUUCACAGAUAGGACCAUCCAGGGGAAAAAAUCUAGGGUACAUAAGAGCGAUUUUCAAGAAAUAUAUCAAGCAUGACACGUAGUGUUUCAUCACCAGAUGAAACACUGAGAAGAGAGUUGAAAAUACGACGCGCAGCAAAGUAUUUUUGACGAACUUUGAGGUGUUCCAUCUGUCGAUGAAACACUGUGUCGAAUGCUUGAUAUUACUUGAUAUUACUCAAACAAUUGAUUUUAAAAGGAGUAAUUAGGGAUGCAAAAAUGAGCAGUUUUUCCUCUUAUUUCCAAACACUCAUUAAACAUUAAUUUCUUCUGUAUUUUCUUCAUAAAUUAUUAAUGAGUUUGAGAAAGUUCAUUCCUAUUACAGUCGACCAGCAAAACAUAUCGAGUCAAUCCUUAGAAAACUGCUUUUACCUUUAGCGUUGCUUGAGAAAACCCUAGUAGUUCUUUUUUUCCUUCAAUUUCGACCUAGAUUACUGCCUAGAAACACCAUUCAACACUCCUUCCUUUUCUCAAACAUAUUGCAGCUUGUGUCACACACAGGUACAUUUUUCUCCUGUUUAUAUAGGAAGUAGACGAUGAGGGAAGCCAAGCAGUGACUGAAGCCGAAGGUGAACAGACUUCGGACCAUGAACUUGAUCGACGCACUUGGUAAGAAGAGUAAAAACCGUGACUAAAAUAUAAACGACUGUAAAACAAACUAUAGUUGGUCUCUGCUGGUUCCCCAGCGUGUUUUAAAGGCGGUCUCGAAUGUUGGACGUUCCCCAAGCAUGAGCAAAAUAGAACAACAAUAUAUUUGGGGCUAAUUUUGCGCGAACAUCUCAAGUGUUCGAAAUCGUCUAAAGAACUAACGUACGGUUUUACACAGGAAAGAGUACUUGCUUCUUUUUACGAUAUUUCACCUGUCCUCACUAAUUUUUUUUUUUAUAUUACUCUUAGUUCCGUACCGAAUUUAGAGGUGUAUUCGGAAAGAGCCCGUGGCUGCCAGCCACAGGUAAGUACUUUACUGCCAGGUUCUUGUGCUACCCUUGGGUUUUCAUUCACGCUAGCUUUAUAUUUUAAAACGUAGGCACUNGACCAUGAACUUGAUCGACGCACUUGGUAAGAAGAGUAAAAACCGUGACUAAAAUAUAAACGACUGUAAAACAAACUAUAGUUGGUCUCUGCUGGUUCCCCAGCGUGUUUUAAAGGCGGUCUCGAAUGUUGGACGUUCCCCAAGCAUGAGCAAAAUAGAACAACAAUAUAUUUGGGGCUAAUUUUGCGCGAACAUCUCAAGUGUUCGAAAUCGUCUAAAGAACUAACGUACGGUUUUACACAGGAAAGAGUACUUGCUUCUUUUUACGAUAUUUCACCUGUCCUCACUAAUUUUUUUUUUUAUAUUACUCUUAGUUCCGUACCGAAUUUAGAGGUGUAUUCGGAAAGAGCCCGUGGCUGCCAGCCACAGGUAAGUACUUUACUGCCAGGUUCUUGUGCUACCCUUGGGUUUUCAUUCACGCUAGCUUUAUAUUUUAAAACGUAGGCACUGUGCAGGAUCAUGCGAUCUCCAGGUCACAACUAAGAAAAUUAACUAACUUCGUAGGAGUAUAAGUUUUCUACUGAUAACAGUAUUGGAUGGACCUGUCAAAUUAUAAAUCGUUCAAACAUACAUGCUUUGGGAUGAAACAAGCACCCCAAAACCCUUUCUUACCCGCCUUGAUAUGCUCAAAGCCAAAACAAAAUAUCAAUGUAAUUUUUUUACAGACACAUACUCAUUAACGCAGAUAAAUUUCCACCAAUAAUUUAGGAGGGUAAAAACUACGCUAAACUUACCAUGCUCUAAUCGAUAAAUAAACUAAAUUUUUCAAAAGCCAUAUAAUGUGUGACACAUCCUGAGGACGAUUUCCCCGAUUCUUGCUAACUUAGCAGUCCCUUUUUUCACCUUUAACAUGCGACGCCAAAUACACUGGACACUUUAAAAGACAGGCCCUAGUAGUUCAAAAAAUGGAUAACGCCGAGCGACUGGAUUUGUGUCUCUCCAGUGGAUAACGCAAUCAUAUCAUAUCCAAUAAGCGCGAGUGGAAUAAUUGUUUUAUGAAAUACACCCACAAAAUAUCGAGAAUUCUUCCCGAAUUUAUUUGUAAACACAACCGAUUUUCAAGUUGUUUUAAAUUUUGAGCAGACGCGUACAGUUACCAUCUUUGGAGAGCAUGGUAUAAUGGCUCAUAUACCAUGAUGGCUAAGCCAAUAAUAGCUCUAGAAUUGCAUUAUCCAAUGAUUCAGUUUUUACUAAUGACAAUUAUCCGCUACAUGGCGAUUUAUCCGGUUGAUAGCGCUAUCCAAUGUUUGAACAACCGGGCCAAAUAUUUUUGUUUAGACACAACGCAAAUAAGAAUUAAUAUGAUCUUUGCUUUUGCGUCAUUUCCUAAUAACGUACGUCUUUAAAGACGAGGGUUAGCUUUGUGCAACCUACAAAACCCUGAUGUUUAAAACUGCCCCGGUAGCUAAGGAGUGGGAGAAGUAUGCAUGCAGAGAGGUACCAAAGCGUUAUCAAACAAACACUAAUUUACUGAAACAUCGGUGUUUAGUAGCCUGCGCAACAGACGAAACUAACUCUCUGGCUACUACUAACCGGGGCUAGAUUACGUCUGCAAGGCAGGCUGGUGUUUGACUGUAUUAAUACUGUAUUUUAGAAAUAAUUUCAAGAGACGGCUUCAGGUUUUAACUUAAUUUUUAUCAUAUCUUCUACAGGAAAACGAGGAACCGCCUAACCCUGUGGCUGUGUUUAUUUUUGCACUGUUUCUACUUUUAUUAAAUACUCUAUUGUGA